AUGUAUUUGAACAGUCGUUUCCACGGCUGGCUCUUCUGGAUGAGGCAGAUCGGUUGGAUGCACUACGACUGGUACGGUGGGAUUCCUCGUCUACUUCGUGACGCAGAGGUUGACGAUCUGAAUGACCCAGCCUGUGACAGGAAUGUUCAUACCAAAACGCUCGUCAGAACAAAACAGGAAGACUUUAGGACACUUGUACAGUCCACUGAUCCCGAGCUUGGUGCUCUACGGGGAUAUGUCUUUGAGCAGGAAGUUGUCUGGCUAGUGCUAGAGAGCAAUUUCGCUGCCGUCACCCUGGAAUGUGCUCGUUGUCCACUACCUGUUCCUUCCUUGUGGAACUGUCAAUCUUGCGAAGGAGAGACAAUCCAUGAAAGUAUAGGCACUGGCCGUCUUAGGCUAAGGUAUUACAACGGUGAUUUGAAAACUGCGCUCCUGGCUGCAGGUCGCAAUGCUAAAGACUUUGUGUGGAGGCCAAUAAAUAAAAGCAACGCUGCUUUCGAUUUUGCAAUCCCCCCUCGGGUUCUUGGCCAAGCCACAGUUGCCAGCGAGCACCCGGUGCCACGGGAGGCCGUGGAGGAAGGUGUGGCUGCUCUGGACGCAUGGAACAACGAGUACAACAAGGACCUCAUGGAUCCCCGGCAGCGGGAGUAUAUCUUGGCGUUCUACUUAGCUCGAGGCAACUUCGAACGUUUCGGGUACCAGAGCUACCGGGACAAGCAUCGGCAUGUUUGCAACAAAGCCGUAAAAGGAAUUAUCCAAGUCAAGAUUUUGAUCGAAACCUACGAGUUGCUUCAGUUAGCACAUCCAGUUGCGGGCUCCGUGGAUAAAUUGAUCGACCUUGAGUACCAGGAGCAGUAUGACCUCCAUAAAAUGACGGUUCGGGAACUCAAGGAUUUGGCGAAGUCUUGGGGUCUUAAAGGCUAUUCCUCCCUCAAGAAGGAUGCAUUGGUCGAGGCAUUAAAUGCUUGGGAGGAGCCACAAGUGCUUGAAAGCCGAGAGUACGAGAGCAAGUCGUACCAAGAAAUGUAUGGAGAUAGAGUUGUCGUUUGAUGAAACCUGAAUCUUAAGAAUGUUUGGCUUAUCCUUUCAGCCAUUGUC